AUCUAAUUGGGUUGUUUGAGCGAUUUCUCGCAACAAAUGGACGUAGAAAAGCUUAAUCUGGACAAUAUCAUCUCCAGAUUAUUGGAAGUCAGAGGAUCCAAACCAGGGAAAAAUGUUCAACUCACAGAGAGCGAGAUCAAGGGGUUGUGCCAGAAGUCUCGUGAAAUUUUUCUGAGCCAACCUAUUCUUCUCGAGUUGGAAGCUCCGUUGAAAAUUUGCGGUGACGUGCACGGACAAUACUACGAUCUUUUGAGACUGUUCGAGUAUGGUGGAUUCCCCCCAGAGUCGAACUACUUGUUCCUCGGCGAUUAUGUGGACCGAGGGAAACAAUCGUUGGAAACUAUCUGUCUCCUACUUGCAUAUAAAAUCAAGUACCCGGAAAAUUUCUUCCUGCUCCGAGGAAACCACGAGUGUGCCUCGAUCAACAGAAUUUAUGGCUUCUAUGACGAGUGCAAGCGGCGAUACAACAUCAAACUGUGGAAGACGUUCACCGAUUGCUUUAACUGCCUGCCAGUUGCCGCCAUCAUCGACGAAAAGAUCUUCUGCUGUCACGGAGGACUUUCUCCAGAUCUUCAGUCUAUGGAGCAAAUUCGUCGUAUCAUGAGGCCGACAGACGUACCAGAUCAAGGAUUGUUGUGCGAUCUGUUGUGGUCAGAUCCUGAUAAAGAUGUCACUGGCUGGGGAGAAAACGACCGAGGCGUCUCUUUCACUUUCGGACCAGAAGUUGUUGCCAAAUUCCUGCACAAGCACGAUUUGGAUUUGAUUUGCAGAGCUCACCAGGUUGUGGAAGACGGUUACGAAUUCUUCGCUAAGCGGCAGUUGGUUACAUUGUUCAGCGCUCCUAAUUAUUGUGGAGAGUUUGAUAACGCGGGAUCGAUGAUGACUGUCGAUGAAACACUGAUGUGCUCUUUCCAGAUCUUGAAACCAGCAGACAAGAAGAAAUAUCCAUAUGGUGCUGGAGGAGUUGGUUCAAAUAGACCAGUCACCCCACCACGAAACGCACCGGCUGCGCAACCAAAGAAGGGUGCCAAGAAGUAAUCAUCAGUCGAUUUAUCUAUCAUCUGUAAAUACCUAACCUUUUCUUUGUUGUUCACGCCCCAAGAGGCCUCGGCCAUCUCUCGUAAAUCGGCUUCAAAAAGUUGUGUACAUUAAUUUUGAUUUUAAACAUAGUUUCGAAAAAGUUUAAAUUCGAUUCAUUAUGAUCUAGGCUGGCACGAGAAGAUGCUGUGGUCCCGGCGAAUCUCCUCUCAAUUCAAGCUUUCGUUGUCAACAUCCCUUCCUCUUUAUCUCUGUGGACCAUUUAGAGCUAAUGACUCCUCACCAAUUGCUGGCUCAAUUUUUCAUCAAAACAAUCCCCAUUUUAUUCGUUUUUAAAUUCCAAAUUUUAAUUUUUUUUGCUAAACUUAUCUCUUAAAACAGUAUCAAAUUUUACUUCUCUAAAUGGUCUAAAUAUUUAAAACAAAUGUUUAUGAUGUCAAUCAAUCUCCACUCCUUUCCUUCCUCCAUUCAUUCGUCCAUCCCGUACUCUUCGUUUCUCAAUUUUAUAUUGUUAAAACCCCCAUUUGUCGAUUUAAUUCAUUAAAGUUUUCCGAACAAAUAAAAUAGAACACUGGU